AAUUAACUGGGAAUUUUUUCCUCAAAUUGGUACACUGUACAUUGUUUAUGGUAAUGACUGCGCAACAGUAGGACGGUGUUAAUUAGUCAAACAAUUAAUCCGCAUACGUCCUUCAACUUAUUCGUCUCUGGGGUUGUAGUUCCACAGCUGAUCGUCGUGCUUCGGUCACUGCACCUUGAGGUGUGGAUUUAGGAGAACCCCAGUAAAUAUUUGAAAUGCAAAAAGAACUGAACGAGAAAACAGUAGUUUUCGAAAUAACACUGCCUGAUGGUGAAGGCUGCCAUGAAUGUUCCUAUCUGGAGCUUUUUCAGCAACACCUGGAAUCAGCUAACAAUGAAAAACAUCAGGAUGAUCCUUUUGCAUCCGAAAAUGCCACCGAAGAAAAGAAACUCUCAGAACUUGCUAAAGCACUCGAAAAGAAAUAUGUAAAGUGUAAAAUAUUAUUACUCCUGAUUAUUCUAGGGAACUAUGGUAACUGUGAAAAAUAAUGGGAAGCAGAAACGAGUUCGUAUAGAUGAUUUCUUAAACCCAGGAGAUGGAUACGAUACACAAGAUUCGUUCAUUGACGAUUCGGAAGCCAUUGAUGUUUUUGUUGCUCCAAAUAUCUCAACUAAAUUUGGUGGAUAUUUUGUACAUCAAGGGACUGUUGAAGGACUUGAAGAUACAAGUGUGAAAAUCGAAGCACCUUGGAAUGCAAGGAUAUUGGCAAACAAUAGUUCAACGCAUAAUGCUAUAAGGAAAAAGAAUAAAUCCAAAGAACUCUUGGACAAAGCUGUCAAACGCUUGUCAACACCUAGUGCUUUCAAACCAAAACUGUUCUCUUCAGAGUCUCGAAAUCAGAUGCGUAAUCUUGACUCUGUAUUUGAUGAAGUCUUAUCCUCACCAAAUACACCAAAGGAGAAUAAUGCCAAAGAUGUAAACAAUUGUCAGAAUUCAAAUGAAAAGUGUGAUAAUGCCCCUGUAUCCGUUCCUGUAAAUUUGACUUCUGACGUUGAAAAACUCAAACCUCUCCCAAAGAAUUUACCAGCCGAGAUAGUGGCAUGUCUAAACAAUCUUACAGAG